GCCCAAAGAAGAGAUCUGAUUAGACCAAAGUGAAAAUGUUAACCCAAUGAAAGAUUGCAGCCCAUUCGAUUUCUUGUGUGUCUUCGUGUAUGCCAGCAUCCAGCAACAGAAAAAUCGAUCCAACACUCUUUGUGCGUCUCCUUCCUGAUCAAUUCAUAGAAUCCGAUGACACCAUCUUCAAUCGAUCUCACCUUUCUCUUAUUGAUUUCUUAAAAUCGAUCACAUAUGCGUGCGUGUUAGCUUCCCAGUUGGAAAUCGAACAAGUAUCUCUUUUUCUGUUUCCCACCCCGGUUCGAUCAGGUCCUUGCGUUGAACUCGUUGAUGACACUGAAGGGCUCAUGAAGGUAGAGGUUAGAAAAGGGGAAAGAGACAGUGGUGUAUUGAUGGUGGCGAUAAAAAGGAGGGUUAAGGGUUUCAGGUUGGUUUAAGGUGAAGAUGAUGAAGGGUGGUUUAUGGUGGAGGUUGUUGGAUGUUUGUGGUGGGUGUUGGUAUGGUAAAAAGGGGAAAAGAAUAUGAUGAAGGUGGAUGAAUGGAGGCUGCGGAGGUGGGAAUGGUGAUGGAUUAAGGUGAAGAUUAUGAAGAUGAGUCAAUGGUGGCUGAUAUGGAAGGAUAAGGGUGGUGUUUUGGGGGUGCUGAAGAGUGACAAUGGUAGAGGGUAAGCAUCUGUAAAGAUUGUGGUAAUGGGUGGUGGUAUGAUGGCUGGAUAAGGGUGAUGUGUCUAGUAAGGGUUAAAGAUGGAG